UCAAAGGGACAGAGGCUCUGUGUCAGCCCAGUGCCACAACCGAAGUCCUGUGGGUGACAGCGGGGCCGGGACAGUGCCUGGCCAGAGCUGGACAGAGGGGCUGGACCCAGGAGUGUCACUGCUGUCCCCUCCUUGGUGGUGGCCCAGGCUGGCAGGGAGAGCUGCUGGAGCAGCUGCUGUGGUUGAUCUGCACAUCCCGGCUGCUCCACGGCGCCUUCAUCACCCUCAUCCUCCUCUCCGCAGGGUCCCCAGCGGGUUUUCGGCGCAAGGGUUGGGUCAUCCUGGGAGCAGGGACGGGAUCUUGGGCAGUGCAGGGCUGGUGAGAAGGGGCUGCRUUCCUGAGCCCAGCAAUGACCCAAUGUCCCCCGCUUCCCUCCUCUUCGUCCCCAGCUGUCACCAAAGGGCUCCUCAUCCUCUGGGCAGUGCCGGGCCAGGGGGGCAGGUCCCCGCUGGCCCCYACCGUGCAGCAGACCCAGGCGCUGGUGAGGCUCAUGGCCGAGGACGCGCAGGAACUCUUCACCUUCUACGAGAAGGAACAGCACCUGGACAUCCACAACAUCUGCCGCACCAGCAAUCCCCCCGAGUGGCUGCAGCGGCCGGCGAGGGGGUCCUGGGGGCUGCGGAGGCUGCGGAGGCCCAUGAUGCACAUGGACCGGGCGCUGCAGGACAUCCUGCGGCACCAGCGCGACCUCCACCCCCCCGAGGCCGAAAUCCUUCGCCGCUUGAGCAGGACCCGCUGGAAGGUGCGAGCGCUCCUCAACAACCUGGCGGGGCUCUUCCCGGCCCCCAGCCCCCGCCCCGGCCGCCGGCCCCUCCCCAGCCCCGCGGCACCCACCAGCAUCUUCCGACAGAAGCUGCAGGGCUGCCAGAUCCUCUGGAGCUACGCGCGCUUCAUGGCCGAGCGCAGCGCCGAGCUGGACGCGGGGACCCUCCGGCGGCGCUGGGACAAGGGGAGGUCGCGGCGGGGCUCACGGCUGCCUGCGCGCCCCUAGGGCAGCCCACCGGCACCGGAGAUCCCGUCUGCCUCUCCAGCAUCAUCUCCAKCCGGGAUGGAGGUGCGUCCGAUGGCCGUGAUGCACCGCGGGGCCCCGGCCACCUCACCUGAGCGAGGACACAAACGCACUGAAAGCAUCUUCGGCUCGCCACGGGGACCCUGCUGUCCCCCCGUGCCACCUCUCGGCUGCAGGACAGCCCUGGCUGGCUCUCCCACAUCCUGCCCCGCUUUCCCGUGGAUCCAGGUGGCCCCGGYGGAGCCGGGUGUCCCCCGGGUGCCCAGCUGUCCCCUGUCGCCGAGCCCUGGUGGAUUUUCCAGUGAUUCAAUGGGUCGGGUGACACAGCCUGACUAAGAGCAGCCGCCACCGGACMCACGGAGAGCGCUGCUGCCACCGGCCGUUGUCACCGGUGUUGUCACCCCCUGCCUGCCCUGYGCCUGCUCUGCUCCCAGAGAGGAGCUGGGAGUGGAAUCCUGUCCCUGCAGGGUCGUUGUCCCGGCACACUCCGGGCCUGGUGUCACCACAAGCUCAGUGUCCCUUUGCACAUCCCUGUCCUCCUCCCUGCGUGCACAGUGUCCCCUGUGCUCAGUGUCCCCAGGUUCACUCUCGGUGCUCCCACACUCUCAGCAUCCCUGUCCCCUCUGUGUCCCCCCUGAGCAUCCCAAGCUGUGUCACCACAGCCUUGACUGUGCCCAGCAGAGACGUGGCUCUGGCCAUUGCACUGUGACAGUGGGUGACAGCCCCCACUGCCUCCCCUCUAAUUUAUACAUUAUUAUUUGUGUGUUGAUUGUAUUUAUUGAUUCUCAGGGUUAAUUUAACUCCUGCUGCUUGCAGAAGUAUUUAAGGACGUUUCUAAUAUAUAAAUAUCUAUUUUUGUUAUAUUUUUUGGUACGGUGUUAAACUAUGGACAUCACAAGGGUUUAUUUAUGUUWAUUGAUAUUUUUGGUACGCAGAGAAGGGCAGUGCCCCCUGCCCACGUGGCACUUCUUUAUUUUUGUACAACGGCAGAAGGAAAUAAAGUGCU